AUGGGCUGUGCAAAAAAUCAAAAGGUUCAGUUGGGUACUAUUCUACUGAAAGGAGAUGCAAGACGCUGGUGGGAAACCACCAGACAACAGUUUGGGAACCGAGCACCCACAUGGCCAAAGUUCGAGGCAUUGUUCCGUGAGAUGUACAUACCAGACUGGGUGCACGAGCAGAAGGUGUAUCAGUUCAUUGAUUUGCAGCAAAGAGAUAUGACAGUAGCUCAGUAUGAGGCAAAGUUCAUCACUUUGUCCAGAUACGCCCCUGAGAUGGUGACACCAGAGGCCCGUAAGCCAGGUCACACAUCCAGAGUAUGCAGACAGCCAGCACCAGUUGAGGGGCAAAGGACCGGGGGUUCAGGUCAGAGGCCAGCACAGAGAUCUACAGCAACUAGAUGGCGAGGAACAACUUCACGACCUACCAUUACUGACAGCCCCCAUGUAUCAGGCAGGAUGUUUGCAUUAUUAGCUGUAGAGGCUGAGGGAGGCAAUGAGAUUGUACAAGGUAUUCUCUCACUCUAUGGCUCGGAUGUUCGUGCUUUAUUUGACACAAGCUCCACCCACUCCUUCAUCGCACCAUGUGUUCUGCAUUUGGUACCUAGUGCCAGUAGUCACCUAUCGUACAUCUUAUCUGUCACAACACCGAGUGGUAGUAUGCUAUUAGGAAGGGAAGUGGUGUCGGAUUGUGAGAUCAUAGUCCAUGACAGAGUUAUGCCUGGUGAUCUAGUAGUGUUAGCUAUUCAAGAUUUUGAUCUUUUAUUAGGCAUGGACUGGCUAUCUCGACAUUAUGCUAAGGUCGAUUGUCAACAUAAGUUGAUCACAUUUGAGCUUCCUGAUCAGUUAGAGAUUAUGUACCGGGGAGUUAAGCCAGUUGUGGCGACACCUAUGAUCUCAGUGAUGCAAGCAGAGAAGCUGAUCCGACAGGGGUGUGAGCCAUACAUAGCUUUUGUAACAGUUACUCUUGGGGAGAGGAAGAAGUUAGUUGAUCUUCCUAUUAUUUGGGAUUUCCAGGACGUAUUUCCGGACUAG